UCACAUGCGGCAAUGCAUGCCGGGGUGGAUAUUUUCAGUGUGUACCGUAUGCUGCUAAACUGUUGAUAAUUUCACAGUAAAAUGGUUGUAGAGAAGGUUGAGGCAGAGAGCCAGAGGUAGUCUCCGUUGUCUCUUAAAGGUCAUCGUCAUUGCAUGACAAAGGCUGUGGCAGAUUCAUCUUCAUCACUCAUACAGCAUUUCCAUAGUUUUAUUCUUCAGUGCGGUAGUACCAUGAAGGGGGGAGGAAGGGGUAAGGAACCACCUGUAGCAGGCGAGGUCACUGGCAAGCGUCCCAAACGCAAAUGCCUGCAGUGGCACCCACUUCUCUCCAAAAAGACACUGGAUUUCUCUGAGGAGGAAGAAGAAGAGGAUGAGGAGGAGCUGGAGAAGCAGCCAGUGCUGUGUGGGCCAGACCAGGGCCUGCAGGUGCAGUGUGGAAGCACAACAGAGGAGGUGGAGGAGGAUUCCAAUGAACAGCGUGCACGGCGGCCAAUGAAUGCCUUCCUCCUCUUCUGCAAACGCCACCGCUCCCUGGUGCGGCAGGAACACCCUCGCUUGGAUAACAGGGGUGCCACCAAGAUCCUGGCUGACUGGUGGGCUGUGCUGGAGCCCAAAGAAAAGCAGAAAUACACCGACAUGGCCAAGGAGUACAAAGAUGCCUUUAUGAAAGCAAACCCUGGCUACAAGUGGUGUCCCACCACCAGCAAACCAGUCAAGAGUCCUUCUUGUCAGCCAGUAAGUAAUCCCCGCAAAAAAGUUUGGUCCUUCUCUUCCAACUCAGCAAAGGACUCCACCACUGCCAAGAAAGUGCCCAAAGCGGACAACAUGCCACAGUUAAACUUUGCCAUGGCAGAUCCUACGAAGAUGGGAGGCCUUAGCAUGCUGCUGUUAGCUGGUGAACAUGCCCUCACAAACAGAGAGAUUCCUUCCAGCACUAAACCUAGUUUACCUGACACAGCCAGCGAAGGGAACUCCUAUCCAGGGCAUGAGGAGGAGAUGAUGUCUGGGGCGAUGCCCAACAGAGCGGCUGACGUUACUGAGAGCACGGUCAAGUCUGACCUUUCCCCGCCAGUUGAGAUGUCUACGUCGUUAUCACCUGAAGGGAAACCAUGCAGACAGUCGGCUCUCUUCCAGCUUGCUGAGAUGUGCUUAGCAUCCGAAGCUGGAAAGAUGGACACAGUGGUAUCUCAGCCUGAGGACAGCUCCUCUUCAGCCUCUCUCAAGCAAUCUGCAGCCCAACCCAAGAUCAAGGAGGAGAAAGCAGACGAUGACAACUGUCCUCCUUCCUCUCCCACUCCUACCCUCUCACCUUUGCUCUCCCUCUCUACCUCCACUGAUGCUACGCCUACACAACUCAGCAGCCAAAACGCUCGUGUCAAAAACAAGAGCAAGAAAAAGGAAACAGCCAAGUCGAACGAUGAAGGUGAGGCCUCCUGCUCAGCGAAGAAGUUCAUCAAAAAGUGUGAUCCUGCAGAGUCAAACGUGGACAGUGUGUUCAGCACCAUCGAGGCAGUGGCCAAAGGAGUGUGGAAGGAGCCAGAGGAGAAGAAGAAGAAAGUCCAGAGCAGUCCUAAUAGUGGGAACUCGGGUACGCCCAGAAAGAAGAGCAAACCCAAAGUAAAAAGUUUGGUUAAAGACAAAGAGGAGGAGAUGGAGGAGGGGAUGGAGGAGAACAGAGGGCAGGGCACCUCCUCUGAAGCUGAGCUAAAGGAAGAGGUGACUGACGUUAGGACCAAGACAGAAUCAGAAGAAAUGACAUUUGGAAGCACAGACCUUCAGGGCAGCAUGGCAGAACCCCAUCACUCCCCCUGCAGCUCUUCACCUGCAAAGCUCUUAGAGGAGGACAAAGGAAAGGAAAGGUCAGGUGAAGGGACCUUCGAGUCCAGCACAGAGAGCCGCGGCUCCAGGAAGUCCGAGCGGAGCUGUAAAGGGGCUCUGUAUAAAACCCUGGUCUCUGAAGGGAUGCUGACUUCACUGAGAGCCAACAUCGACCGAGGUAAGAGGGGCGCUUUCCGUGCCUCUGACCACGAUGCAAACUGGAGUGAUGACAGCUGGCCAACUUCUCAGAUGGGACCUAAUAACCCCAAGAAGCUAAAGAAGUCAAAGUCUAAAGACGACUCAUCACAGGGCCUCGGGAAACUGGAGGAGGAGUUUGAGAGGAAGUUUAACAGCCUUCCCCAGUAUAGCCCCAUGACGUUUGAUAAGAAGGGGAUAACUGUGGCGAAGAAGAAGAAGAGUGACAGCUGCACUGUCCCAGAGGAUGUUUCCAAAGCUGUAAAAGGGUCAUCUCCAUCUCAGAAAAAGACUUCAUUCCACAAGAUUGUUAGGAAGCACAAACACAAAAAGGAGAAACCAGAUGCAGUGGAAAAAGCAUCAGUACAGAUUGAUCCCAGUGUGCUGGAUUCAGUUUCUAAAGCCAAAUCAUGUGCCCCUGUUACCACAAUGUGCCCCGACUUGCAGGGCACCACUAGUAUGGAGAUGCUAGUUGGUAGCCAGAAGAGGAAGGCAAGGAAAACCAAGAUCACACACUUGGUGCGCACAGCUGAUGGCAGUGUGUCUCAAGCUGAGGAGGAAAAAUCUAGGGACCUGACCCAGGAACAGGAUAUGAAGCCAUUACCCCAACAGAAUUUAUGCAAUGAAGAAGGGUGCUACAGUAAUCCCAGGGCAGAGGAGGCAGAGGUGGAGAGGAGCAUGGCACCCCAGGAGCUACCUGCUUUCUUCAGCCUGGCAGCCCUCGCUGAGGUCGCAGCCAUGGAAAACGUUCACAGAGGCCAGAGAGGAUUGGCUGACAGUCAGAAGAAAGAGCUCGCCCAGACUCCGGUCCUCAUCUCCUGUGCUGAUCAGUGAAACUCUGCUGCUUUUAGGAGAAGCCACAACAUGGACAGUGGAAGUGGAGCUUCACUUUCCCUGGUGGUAACCCUACACUAAAGGGAGACUUGAUAUGGAAGUGUGGAUGGACUCCAACUUCCCCCCUUGUGGUGAAUUUACUUGAGCUGGGGUUCAUGUUGGAGAUCGAGCCCCUCUCCUCCGUACUCCUUGCUAUCUCAGUGUUUCCCCUGAAGCCUUCCUUUGACUAGAGGAAGGAUGCCUUUUCUGAACUCCUCACCCCCCCCACCACCCACCCCCC